AUGGAACAAGAACAGAGUUUCCGAGAUGCUCAAGCUCAAUAUGAAGGAGAGGAUACAAGUUUGACGCGUGUAAAAGAACUAGCCGCUUGGUACUCAUAUAGCUUUGCGGCCGAGGUUUUCAUCCUUUGUGGAGUCGGAUCAUUUAUUCCCAUCAUACUGGAGCAAGUUGCAAGAGAGAAUGGAGUGCUCCUAUCGGAUAAAACUUUACCUUGCACGUCAAACUUUUCGCAUAGAAUGUCACAAGUAAAAUUUCAAAGUUCAGUUAGUCUAGAACCGUGUGUAAUCUUUUUACUUGGAGUCCAAAUAAAUACAGCAAGUUUCGCUAUGUACACUUUUUCCGUAAGUGUUCUAUUUCAGGCAUUAGUUGUCAUCUCAAUAAGUUGUGCAGCGGACAAUGGAAACUACCGGAAACGUUUACUACUUAUUUUCGCAUACGGUGGAGCUCUUACCACUAUGUUAUUCUUAUUUCUCGGUCCCAAGACAUACUUACUUGCAGCUUUCCUAACUAUAAUUUCUAAUACAUGCUGUGGAGCAAGCUUUGUACUGCUGAACUCAUUCUUGCCAUUACUAGCAAGGCAUCAUCCGAAAGCUCAAUACAAAAUUCAGUGUCCGGAUCUGGAACCUGAUGUAGGAGUAAUGUACUCAACGCCAAAUGUAAGUGUAAAUACAGAAAACUCAAGAGAGCCAAGCAUCAGAACUCCGCUAUUAGCUCACCCAAACGGGGACUCUUCUCUGAACAGAGGAGAAAUCUCAACGGAAUUACAGCUCUCAACUCAAAUCUCGUCUAAAGGGAUUGGGGCUGGUUAUUGCGCCGGUCUAAUAGUUGAGUGCAUAUCAAUCUUUACAAUUUGGGAGAUGGGAUCCACGACUUUUUCAAUCCAAAUAGCGCUGUUCUUGGUCGGUCUUUGGUGGGCCAUUUUCAGUAUUCCUGCUAUUCAUGGGUUCUGCUCGAGACCAGGUCCUCCACUAAUUAUGACUAAGAGAGCUGAUUUUUCGAAGAUAAAGAGCUCGAUUGCAUAUAUUGGGUAUGCUUGGCUUUCCCUCUGGCGCACAAUUAAGCAAGCUCAUCGUCUAAAAGAUGCUACCAUUUUUCUAAUUGCCUGGUUUCUUAUAUCUGACUCCAUCGCCACUGUUUCUGGAACAGCUAUUCUUUACGCCAAAGUAACUUUGAACAUGACACCUGAGAAAUUAGGCAUGAUUAAUAUAGUAACUAUCAUGGCUGGGAUUCUUGGCGCUUUAUCAUGGCCGUUAAUUUCUCGAGUGUUGAGCCUUAAACCCAGUGGUGUUAUUCUCGCAUGCAUCUUCGCAUUUGAAAUGAUUCCCUUGUAUGGACUACUUGGAUACCUUCCAAUUGUGAAAUAUUGGGGAGUUCUAGGUCUUCAAAGACCGUGGGAGAUGUAUCCUUUGGGGUUUAUUUAUGGUUUCAUUUUAGGUGGCUUAUCGUCGUAUUGCCGCUCGAUGUAUGGAGAACUCGUUCCCCCAGGUUCUGAGGCAGCAUUUUACUCACUUUAUGCAAUUACCGAUAAAGGCUCUUCAAUAUUUGGCCCUGCCAUCGUAGGUGCUAUUAUCGACAGGUAUGGAGAUAUUAGACCAGCAUUCUUCUUCUUAGCGCUAUUAAUAAGCAUACCUGCACCGCUUAUCUGGUACAUAGAUAUGGAAAGAGGAAAGAGAGAAUGCCACGAAUUGGCAAAAGUUCUUAAAAGACACAAAAGCUCUUACGCGCACCAGAACAUUCAAUCGCGUCUAUGA